ACGGGAAAUAUAGAUUAAAACAUAUGUGUAUAUCGACAUAAGGUCUAACACACAGAGUCGGUGAUGAUCUAACAUACAGGCUUGGACAAAUCAAAGUUAUAAAUACCAAUACGCUGUACAAAAAAGAUAGAAAGAAAGACGCACUGAUGAGAUAGACAGAUGGGAUAAAUACAACGCUGUGAUAUUCAUUUUAUACCGAGAUCUUUGACCGUUUGACCACAACACAAGUAGUGAUUCACUAUACGGGGAACAAUCGGAUGUCAGCUUUAACAACAAACGGAACAACUGACCGAGAUAAUUUUCCGGUCUGUGAACUUCCGGAUUAGUCGCUGGAACAGUGAAUAUUGUCGGCGUACUAUCCAUAGAACUGCAUUGUUUAUUUUUUGACUCUCUGUUUAUACAAUUAGAUAAUACUGCUUUAUCAUAGGCUUAUCGAUCGUUCCACUCAAACUACUCCCAAUAUAAGUGGGGAAUUCCUACAGUUUCUAUCAGUAGUGAUUAACGAUGUAAACAAUGAGAUGUGACUGAAUGCCUAAGAGAGAAAAAAUAUGGACAACGAUCACUGCGGAAACGCCAUGUCGGAAUUGGUUUCUACUGAAAAGGAAGCCAUUGAACUAACACGAAUCGAUGACACCGAAAUACAGAUCGAGAAGACUGAUAAUCACCCUUCUGAAGAAAUCUCAAAAAUCGAAAACCAACCGGAAACUCUUUCAAAAUCAAUGUCUUCAAAAAGAAUACGAUGUUAUCCAAGUGAAGCAGAAGUCGCAAAAGUAAUCGAGGUGUUCCGAGAGAGACUUGUUUUCACUUUUAAUCGCAAAAAGGCGAAAUAUCAGAGGAUCUUACUGGAGUUAGGGGUAAACGUGCAGGCGCAUGGCGACGAAAACGAGGACGACGAUUGUGAAGAUGAAAUGGAAAUAGUUGUCAGCGACAAAUAUUCCAAAGGUCGGUGUAUUAGAAACUCUUUCCGAUUUGGCGAGCAUUACAGUUUCCGGAGGCUACUCAAAGGCAUUUACAAUGCAUUUCAAAGAAAGAAAGCAAUGAGGCGACUGAAACCAGUGGACAGCAUUCCAAAAGAAGACUACGAGAGCGUGCUAAAUGGCGUGUCUACAGAACUUUCUAUUGCGUAUGAAUAUCAACUCGCAAUGCUUGCGGAUGAAACAGAGAUAAACUCGGUGGCGGAUCACGCUGUACGAUGUAUGUUCAAGUAUCUGAAGUCAGACGACGCCGUGUUUAAUCCGUCCAAUCUACUUCAAGCAGUGAUAGAGGAGACUCCUAGAUAUUCCAUCAAGUAUUUUGACAGAGAACUCAAAACUAGAAUUGUGAAGAAAGACAACUUUGGAAUGCAGGUUAGUCAGAAAUGGCGGCUGUACGAUAUUCUCAAACAACCCGGCAUUCGAAUCAUAGACAUGCGCUCUAGAUCAUAUCAGUAUUUCGGGUGUUUCACGCCUUUUGGUUUUAGCUGUCGCCCGGAUAAAUACGGCUUCCGUGGACCUUUGCACAUAUGGAACGAAAAAGAACGAAAAUAUACAUUAGUUCCGAAUGACAUGACGUCAUGUGUUUCAAUAAAGCGAAGGGAGAUAACUUUUAAUCCAAAUAAUGUACACCAUAGUUACAGCCCAACGCUUUCUUGUUGCCAUGACAAUGUAGAUGCAAAUGACGUCAGUGUUAGUGUUGAAGAUAAAACCCCGGAUGGGAUAGAUGUAUCUGCCGCGGAAUAAAAUAUACUCUUUAGUAGUCAUUUAAUAAGACCGAGAUUGCUUUUGUUUUCUAGUCAUCUUGCUUUUGCUGUUGAAUGUGAAUCUAUUAUAACUCUCC